CCCCCCAUCAGCGAAUUAAGCCAAUCCUUUCUCCCAUCUACCCCACCUGACCCAACAUAUAUUGUCCCUCAGCUCGCCAUCUCCCCGCUCUUCCUCCCUCAUACCAUCCAGCUUGGAUAUAUCCAUCUAUUUGAUCCUUCGAUCAUCACCGCAAUACCCAAAACAAUCACCAUGCCCAACAAAAACGGCUAUAGCUACACCGGAUCUGGCACCAACAGCCAGGGCAACCACUAUUGCUCGCGCGACUACGGCUCGGGAUCCGACUCCAACGGCGCAGGUCGCGGUGACGCAUACCACUACUCGAACAGCAACGGCUCUUACUACUACUCCAACUCCAAUGGCAGCACUUACUACAAUGACGGAAACGGCGGUUCUACCUAUACUGCUCCUAGUGGGAAGAAAUAAAUGGCUAUCGUCACUCGCGCCCGAGCCUGGAUUUCAUGAUACUUAGCUGUAUGGUGCGAGAGAAAAGAAAUGACACGCCGCGACUUAGAGCAGGUCUAAUACUGAAUACUCGUUGAGAUCAGUAGCUGGGAUCAUUUCUAGCACGGGAACCCUAGGUGUAUUUUCUAUGCAAAAUAAAGCAUAUUAACAAUCCCCAAACUAACUUGGGGCCUGAUCUCUUGAAAAAGAUGCAAUACAAAUGGCAUUCUAGUUUGGUUUGA